UUCGUUGAUUUGACUUCCAAAGGAAGAGAAGUGUGUAGUGCGAAGAUAUUGUACUUUUUCUCCUUACUGGCGUGUGCCAGGUUGAAACUCAUACGAAUUUGUUUCAAUUUUUGGUGUUAAUUUCCAGGUUUUUUAGCAAACAAUAUUACAUAAAUUGCAUUGUUCGUAUAAAAUGCAAUAAGUGGUGUUCGAUAGUUGCGACAAAGAUAAUAAAAACGUAAGAAAGAACACAAGCUAAAUCAGAGAUUCGCGAAAUGUCCUCGCGUCAGCUGGAUCCCGAGUUGGUGGAGAAGGCAAUUGGAUUCCAUGGAUUACCUCUGCAAAAAAUUUGGGAAGGAGAACGUGGCGAUGCCGAUUUGAAUCGCAUUGGCGUAACAAAUACAGACUAUAAAGUCUACCAGUCCCGGCAAAAGACUCUCACCUUCCAAGAUCGUGCCAAGAGGUUCAAGUUACAUCAGUUUAUUUCGAAGAAAGCGGAUUUUUUGUAUGAUAGUGCAUUGACCCAGCAGCCAGUUAGAGCUCGGAAUGAAAGACGGCGUCCAGGUGAUUUUCAACAAUGUGAAAAGUUCUCUAUUCCACCCAUUGAUGCUUUUAUGGAUAUAGAGACGAAUGAUAAAGUGAAUCAUUUCCUACAGACUACAAGACCGGGCGACGUUGUGUACGGCGUAGUGGCUAAUAAAUCCCACCAAGGAAUAAUUUUCAAAGUGUUACUUUCGCUUGGAAAUACUUGUUGUUUUAUAAAUACCAGCUCAAUCAAGGCCUAUGUCACGAAUAACUAUUUGGUACCGGUAUAUGAUCGUGCUGGUGCUACUCGUAGCUACACGGCGGGUGAUUUGAUCUGCUGUGAAGUGGCUGAUGCCCAACCGGACGCACGAAAACUUAUCUGCACCAUGCAGCGUACCAUGCUUAGCCGAUCACCAGCCACAAUUGUCUAUGGUCACAUAUCUGCAGCAGAACUUCCUCAAAUUUACAACCUUACAGCAACAGACGAGUUACAACCCUACGAGUACUAUUUGAAAAAAUCGCCGUCGUUCAAUGACCCCCAGGCCAUUGAAAGUUUGAUGCAUGAACUUGGCCUUAGUGGGAACGAUUUCUACACCAACAUGUCGAGUUUGAAAGGCAAGUUUCCUCCGCAGGAAUAUGCAGGCGAGCUUCGUAAUUCUCAAGCAAGCAAGUGGGCAUUCAGAUCGGUUGCGGAGGGUAUCGAACACUUCAAGGAAGGGCGCCAUAGUGAAGCGUUUCAAUGUUUGAACAAAGCACUCAGCAUUGACCCGCGCAACAUUGAAGGCUUGGUGGCACGAGGAGCGUUGUACGCCAAUAGCGGUUCCUUCAAGAAGGCAGUGGACGAUUUCGAGAUGGCAUUGAAGAUCAACUCAUCCCACGCAAAUGCGCGCAAAUAUAUGGGUGAAACGUUGGUGGCGCUGGGGAGGAGCUACGAGGAGGAGAGCCGUUUCGAUGAAGCCAAAAAAGCCUACCAGGACUGCUUGAACAUUAUUCCCCACCACGAAGAAGCGCAGAACUCGUUGGAGUUCCUUAAAUCUAAAACAUAUAAUAAACAAAUCGUUGCACCCAAUGAGCUGGAAUUGCCUGCGUUGAAUAUUCCAAAGUCAUCCGCCCAUGAUCGUCACAAGCAGGAAGCGGAUACAUCCGGUGUCAGUGGUGGCAAGCGGGAUGGCUCUGAGGCACGUAAGGAAAAAAAGAAUAGCAAGAAGCAGGACAAAAAGAAACGACACAAGAAACACCAGAGCAGCUCCAGCGAUUCGAGUUCGAACAGUUCGGAUUCCAGCGAUUCUAGUUCCGGCUCUGACAGCAGCAGCAGCGAUUCUUCGUCAAGUUCGGAUUCUUCGCGCUCAUCCAGACCCAAAAAGCGCAGUAAACGCAGCAAAAAUGAGAAGAAGCCAAAAUCACUAUCACCACUCAGCAAGCGCAUGUCGGCCGGAAUGGGUAACGAUAGUCGUGGUGCAAUGGACGUACCUUUCUCGUUUGGCAACCAACCGAUUCAUGGCCAUCCCCCACCUGGUGCAGACGAUUAUGAGCUGAAGGUUCGUAAAUUCUUAGACAUGCCACGUGACGAGGAUAACUACGAGGAGAAGGUUCGUCGUUUUGUAGCCGAGGCUGCAAAGUAUCAGAAAGAACGUAAGGCACAGGAGGAAAAGACCAAAAAGAAAAAGAAGAAGGAGGAGAAAAAAGCCAAGAAGGAAAGCAAGAAGAAGCGUAAAUCAGAAGAAAAGAAAAAGUCAAAAAAGAAGGACAAGGAUGAUGACGUUCUGAACAACGAUAAAUUGAAAGAAGCGUUAAAAAUUUUUGAAAACUUUCCUGUCUUGGAUGAACUUGGCACGAAAUUAUCUGAGUACUACUCUAAAUUGGAAAACCAAGGAGCAGGUCCUAGCGGUAUGGCGUCAGUGAUGUCUUCACUGCUUACAAAAGGAUCUAAAAAAGAAGCAUCCAAACCGGAUAAAGCUGAAGAAACAAAGGUAUCUUUGAAAGCCCAAGAAAUGUCAAAGGAACGCGCGGAAAAAGAAACGAAAUGGCGCAUGAUGUUCAACAAGGACGAAAGGGCAGUUAAAGAACCAAAAGAACAAAGCAAACCAUUUGUUCCGAAACAAUACGCCUUCUCAAACGAUUCGGAUGAGGAAUCGCUUGGCGUUUUUCAGAUGCAACAACAUCAGGCACAGCUACAACAGAAAGCUAGCCAAAGGACGUCGCGAUAUGAGGAGGACAAGAACAGAAGGAGACCACCUACACCGGAAAAGCCAAAACCUUCUGUCUCACAAAUGGCACCUGUCAAAUCUGGCCCGGUGGUUCUGGACAAGUUUGGCAACUUUAGGCUUGCUAAUGCCGAUGACGCUGCUAAGCCACCGGAACCCUCAGGCCCGCCGCGUCGAUCCCGUAGUAGAUCACGCGGUCGUCGUUAUGGCAGUUCAAGUCGUUCUCGGUCGCAAAGUGCAAGACGACGUUCGCGUUCUGGAAGUUUUAGACGCCGUUUUAGUCGUUCAAGAUCUCGGUCCUUCAGUCGAUCGCGGUCACGGUCGUACUCGAGAAGCCGUUCACGUUCACGCAGCUUCGAACGGCGUCGUUUUGACCGUCGUGGCUAUCGUGGCAGAGGUGGUUUCCAUGACCGACCCUACGGAAAUCGAUUCCAUCACAGGGGCGGUUUCAUGCAUCGCCGAGGCGGUUUUCGAGAUUUCCGUGACAACAAUCGUGGAGGAUUUCGUGAUCGUCCCUUCCGCAAUCGUUUCCGAGGGAGAUUCCAGAAGUCGUUCAGUCGCAGCACUAGCAAGUCGCCCGAUCGCAUUCCGGUGAGUCCAUCUGACCGCCAUCGAAGAGAUCGUUCUCGUGAACAAGAGCGAGACCGGUCGCGGGAACGUAAUUAUGAAGCCAAGCGCUCGAAAGAUCGCGAGAGUUCUAAGAUAAAGGAAAAGAAAGAAGAGAAGUCAACAGAGGAAACCAGUCACACAUUUUCCGCUAACGACAUCGAAGGAAGGUGGGCUGAUAAGAAAGAAAGUGAAGAAAGAGAUCCUCCUCCGCCUGGAGCCGAGGAUACAUCUCUGGAUGACAUAGAAAGAACAUUGGAAAAGGCUCGUAAGGAAAAAAAGGAAGAAAUGAUGGAACGCAAUAAGGACAUGCUAAAAAAAAGUGGCGAUUCGUAAAAUGAUUAACAUUGGCUUUUUAGUUUUACAUAUUUGUUUGAAGCAGGUAUGGCAGACAGAGAAAACAAAUAAAUGUGAACUAAUAAUACUACACAUUCAAACAUAAUUCCUUAUUCAUUCUUCUUGUGUCGGUCAGAAAUAAUCAAACAUCAUGAAUAAAACAGCAUACUGGGAGUCUAAA